CCGCUCCACAGCCCUUCCACGGUCCCAGAAUACCCCGUCUCCGCUGUCUGCCUGUAGCCCUUUCGGAUAGCACAUACGCUCGCUGUACCUCAUUCGUCAGGAUGAGAAGCACAUCCCUGGCGGCCGAGCUGCUGGCCACUGCGAUCCUCGCGUUCGCACUCGUUGGCAGAGUGGAUGCAUAUGCUCAAGGGCGAAGGUGAGCUGCGAGUUUGCUCUACACUUGGCGGGCAUGCGAGCGAGCGAGCAAUCAAGCAAGCAAGCUGAUGGUUCGCCGCGCAUCGACACCAUUGCAGUCUUCGGCGUAUGAGCGGAUUCGAAAUCUUCAUGGAUAAGCAGGAAAGGCUGGAGCAGACCGUAGCGACCAAACAAGUGGUGCUCGCAACGCAACAGCAGAUUGGCGGCGAGUCAGCUCUGCAGGUGGCGUCUGCUUCCAUUGCCAGCAACAAUACGGAUUACCCUGGUGUCAGAGCUGGCUUCCUCACGCAGCCUCUCGACCACUUUGACGGAACCACCAACGUGACCUUCCAGCAGAGGUUUUGGUACCAUUUGAACUACUACAAACCACCCGCCGAGCGAAACGGCUCUGUAGUCCCGCUCUUCAUCACCGACCCCGGAGAGCAGGAUGCCGAGCCGCUCGUCAAAAGCCUUUACUCGGGCUGGAUCGACAGGCUUGCGCGAGAGAAUGCAGGCAUCCCAAUCGUGCUCGAGCAUCGCUACUAUGGGAAAUCUUUUCCCAACCGUACAGAGCUGGGGGCCGGUGAAUUUUGGCAGCCUGACGCCAUGCGCUGGCUUACCAACAAGCAAGCUCUCGCAGAUGCCGCUCAAUUCGUCCAGAAGGUUCGUUUCGACAAUGUGACGGAGGAGACGCUUCACUCCCCUGUGUCACCAGUCAUCUACUACGGAGGAUCCUAUUCUGGCGCAAGAUCAGCCCACCUUCGUCUCCUUUACCCCGAUCUCAUCUACGGAUCGAUCGCCAGCUCAGGUGUCGUGCUCGCACACGAGAAUUACCCCGAAUACUUUUUCCCCAUCUCACGCGGUCUGCAAGAUAAUUGCAACCAAGCUCUGCAAGCUUCUAUUGGCUUCAUCGACAGCAUCAUCGCACCUGAGCCUGAAAAGGGCCAAGUCCAGCCUACCAGAGACCAGAACGCAACGACCGCCGUUCAGGCGCUGUUCGGCCUCGAGGGGCUCUCCAACCCCGCGGACUUUGCAAACGUCCUCUCAAUCCCUCUGGGUGAUUUCCAAAGCCAAAGGUGGGACUACGCGAACACGAAGACCAAAGCGGUGUACGCUCUGUGCGAUGCCAUCACCAACACUACAAACAGCGGUCCGAAGCCCGCCAAUCCGGCUCGCCGAGAAGAGGAACCAACCGCUGUGAUUCAAGGCAAAAAAGUGCCUGAAACCGUGGUCCGCUUUGGAAAGUACAUCAAGGAAGCUUAUGUCAAACCUUGCGUUGCUGGUGACGAAGGCUCUACGGUCGAGAGCUGCUUUGGAUCGAGCGACUGGAGCUACUACACCAAUGCUACGGAUCCCAACCCUGUUUCUUGGCCCUUCCAAUUCUGCACAACUUGGGGUUACCUGCAGACCGCUGCACCUCAGAACGCUACCAACGACCCGUAUGCCACCAACUUCACCAAUCCCAGACUCGUGAGCUCCCUGCUUGACAUCGAAUAUAUUGGGGAAAUUUGCCGUUCGGCUUUCAAAGACGGCCAGCAUUACUCGAUCCCCGCCCAUCCCAACGUGACCGAGGUCAACAGCCUUGGCGCUUUGAACAUUACGAUGGACCGUCUUGCAUACAUCAAUGGUCAAUACGACCCAUGGAGGCCCAUGACGACUGCCAGCGAAGAGUUUGGCGACGGCGGCGCAAGUCGCGAAGACACGACGCUGAGGCCGUUCAAGAUCAUUCCUACCUGCUACCACGUCUGCGACUCGAGCUCCGGCACGCCAGGCAACAAGACUAGCGAUCCUGCGCCUCGGGUCAAAAAGGUGCAGGACGAAGUGGGUGCUGCGGUGACGAGCUGGCUCGCAGACUUUGUCGCGCCACCUGCAAACACCACCAUCGAGACUGGUAACCGCUUCCAUGCAGUUGCAGUCCUAGGCCAUUGAUCCGUGCGAAUCUUUGAACCAAGACGAACAUCCUAUCUGCCGCUCUAUAUGCGAGCAUGAUAUCCGACUUCUCAACUUGCCCAGCCACGC